CCUCGCGUGUAAAUGCGUUCCCGGACCCUGCAGCAUCACCAACCCUCUGGGUAAUUCCAUCACUUCCCAACUAGGCAUGACCGGCGCGAAAAUCCAGGUCCCUAGGAACGGUCUGGGGUCGGCGAGAGCAUGGUUCCUCUCCGCAAUCGCACAAUGUUUAAUUCUUCCUGGGGGGUGCUUAGCGAUUCUUCCGGGCCAAGGCCAGCAUCAACCUUUCUGCGAACUCGACGGCCAAUGAGCGCAUGCACGAUUGCUUGACACCUUCAUAGCUCAUCUCCAUGGGGUUUGUGGCGUUUUCUCCACAUACUCCGCAAAACAGCACGUUGCCGGGUUCCUCUCGGUCGGGAUAUAUAGGUGUAGACCGAUCUUCAUCCAUUGAAGUGCUCUCCUCAUCUCGCCCAAGCUACGCCUACCUAUCUGGCUAGCAACCCUCAUCGGUGCCAUCUGAGACCACCAUCUUUGGACUCCUCAAGGCACAUCCGGACAACUAUCUCACCAUGGGUCUCCUUACCAUCGUCGAGGAUCGACCGACGCCAAAGGCUGUUUACAACUGGAGAGUCUACACAGCAGCGUGCAUUGCAUCAUGGGCAGCAUGCAUGAUCGGUUACGACAGUGCCUUCAUUGGCACGACUUUGGCGCUGCCAUCAUUCGUUGAGGAAUUUCGUUUUGCGGAAAUGGACCCAGCCGACUUGAACCUGACGAAGGCCAACAUCGUCUCGGUGUACCAAGCUGGUGCAUUCUUCGGAGCUUUUGGAGCGUAUGCAUCCAGUCACUACAUCGGCAGGAGGAAGUCGCUUAUCCUCUGGACACUCAUCUUCAUUUUGGGUGCCGGCAUGAUGCUGGGUGCCAAUGGCGACCGAGGCCUCGGCUUGAUCAUUGGUGGCCGUGUACUAGCAGGUCUGGGAGUUGGUGGAUGCAGCAACAUGGUUCCUAUCUACAUCUCCGAAUUAUCGCCACCAGCUGUGCGCGGACGUUUGGUCGGUAUCUACGAGCUCGGCUGGCAAAUGGGGGGUCUCGUAGGAUUCUGGAUCAACUAUGGUCUUCAGGAGACAAUGGAGCCUUCCCACAAGCAGUGGAUCAUUCCGUUCGCCGUGCAACUAAUUCCUGCCGGCUGCCUCUUGCUUGGCGCCUUCUGGAUGCCGGAAUCACCUCGAUGGUGCCUGACCAAAGGAAAGCGCGAACAAGCACUGAAGGAUCUAUGCUGGAUCCGUAACCUUCCUCAAGACCACACAUACAUCAUGGAAGAGCUCGACGCCAUAGAUGCUCAGGUCGAACAUGACAGAAUCACCGUCGGACCUGGAUUCUGGAAGCCGUUCCUUGCGCUUAAACAACGCAAGGUGCAAUACCGUAUCUUCCUUGGUGGCAUGCUAUUCCUUUGGCAGAACGGAUCUGGUAUCAACGCAAUCAACUACUACUCUCCAACUGUCUUCAAGAGUCUUGGCGUCACUGAAGGCUUCCUCACCACUGGUAUCUUCGGUGUCGUCAAGUGCGUUCUGACCUUUGUCUGGCUCAUCUGGCUCAUCGAUCGUCUCGGCCGCACGAAGCUUCUCAUGUUCGGUGCUUUUGGUGGAUCCCUGUGCAUGUGGUAUAUCGCUGCCUACAUCAAGAUCGCUGACCCAACGAACAACAAGAACGCCUCGGGCAAACUCUCGUCCGGCGGUAUCAGCGCAGUCUUCUUCUUCUACCUCUGGACCGCCUUCUACACUCCCUCGUGGAACGGUACCCCAUGGGUCAUCAACUCCGAGAUGUACAGCCAGCAGACGCGCUCCUUGGGUCAGGCAUUCGCUGCCGCAAACAACUGGUUCUGGAACUUCAUCAUCUCUCGGUUUACACCCCAGAUGUUUGCCACCAUGGGUUACGGAGUAUACAUGUUCUUCGCAUGCCUCAUGCUGCUCUCUAUACCCUUUGUCUUCUUCUUGAUACCCGAGACAAAGGGAGUCCCGCUUGAGCGCAUGGACGAGCUCUUCACUAUCAAGCCCGCUUUCAAGGCACACGGCGUCCUCGUUGACAGGAUGAAGGAAAAUGAGGAGGUGAACUUGGUGAUUAGGGACGAGAAGGCAAGGGCAGAUGAGCACACUGAGAUGGCUUGAGUGUUUGGUAGUCCCACAUACUCGUAGCGUGCAAAUGAAUAUAUCAAGAUCAAUGAGCAUUACCCGAGAGUUUUCCGAA